UGCCGCCGCCGUUGGAAGAAGAAAUGGAGGACGGAGACGGGGUGGCGCUCGCCGUGCUUGAGGUCGAGGAGGCGGAGGACUGCGUGCUGCCGGGCAAGGAAGCGGCUGCGCCGCUGCUAGCGCGCGAGUCCGGUGUAGCCGAGGUGAAUAUGCCAGACGACGAGGCGGGAAAGGCGACAGACAUGGUAUUUUGGUUGCGGCAGACGUACGCACACAACAGAAAAUGUGCAAGAUGGAGCCAGUCGCGUCGCGGAGCAAGAAGAUAUAAACGCAAGGCAGACAAGACGAUCGAGUCACGGUGGCGUUGUGAUUGGUCCAAGGGGGUGGUGAGGGGAUCGGAUCCGGUCGAAGUGGUGGAAGCAGAGUGGAAGGUGAUUCUGGGUCAGCAUCCAGUCUCUCUCUUUUGUUUUUCCUUGAAUCUAGGGUGCACUUGUUGGCGCCGGCGGCAAGACGGGGCAGAUGGCUUUACCCAGUCGUGACACGCCAAGGAGCGUGCGCACAAAGCGAGCAGGCAGCCUCCGCCACCGCCG